AUGGGUAUUCUCAGAAGCCCCAGUAAGCUCUUGAAGAGAAAGAAGACGGACGGGGAGGAAGUCGAGAAGCCUGAAGGCGAAGCAGCGGCAGUCAAUAUCCCACCAGCUCCCUCAGCAACAGAGCUCAUGCUUCGCGGGGAACGCGAAAAGUCUCAGACCGCCUAUCAGCGAGCGCAGAAAGCCGAAGCCGCAUAUCGCGCCAAGAAACAAGCCGAACGCGCCAGAGUUGAUUACAAGUCCUCCAAAGGCCAUCUCAAGACAUCGUGCAUGGAGUUGAAGUUGGGACUCAAGACGGCCUUCUCAAGUGCGAAAUCUAGCCCAGCGGUGUUGAAAGAGAGACAGCACAAUGCCGGGAACAAGAAGGUGGUGAAGAAGCAGGAGAAGGAGGAAGAGAAGAUGAAGAAGCUGGCUGAUAAAAUGAAAAAGGCCGAAGAGGAGAAGGCAAAGUUGGAGGCGGAGGCCCCACCAGCAGAGGAAGAAGCCGCUGCGGCGGCGUGA